GCCAGGAAUGUGGAGGUGAUGUGUCUGCUGCAGCGCUCACUACAUCCCAUCCUCUCUACGCCGUCACAUCGGAGGCCCCGGACGGAGGUGUGAGCCGCGGUAACAUGCUGACAACCGUCCUCCUCCUGAGCCUCUCCCUCCAGCUGCUGGGUGACUGUGAGGGGCAGGCCUGUCCGGAGCAGAGUGAGGCCCUCAGGGUCCUGCGCCAGGUCCAGAAGCUGCUGACUGACCACGAGGCCUCGUACCUGCAGGGGAUGAGGACGUUCGGCAGGAGGCUCCAUCAGCUGAGGGGGCAGCUGCAGAGGCGGGAGGAUAAAGACUCCUGUCCACAGUUAAAGCCGCCGCGUCACGGUCGGAUACUGGGCAGAAAGCGGAAGGCAGGACAUGAGCUGCAUUUCCUGUGUGACCCAGGCUACCAGUUGACCGGCUCUGAAUCCAGAACCUGCAUGGACAACCAGACCUGGAGCGGACAGCCUGCCAUCUGCAGCGAGCUAAGGUCUCAGACCAACACCUCCUCGUCCCUGCGUCCGGCCAAGUGUUCCACCUUCCAGGGAGUCCAGCACUGCGCCUGUGACCACGGAUACGGCAUCCAGAGUGGAGGCCUCUGUCAGGAUAUAGAUGAAUGUGGUUUGUACCAAGGAAAAGCCAAUUCAAAGAUCUGUGUGCACGAAUGUGUGAACACGCCUGGGUCAUACCAUUGUGUGUGUCCGCGGGGGUAUCUCCUGGACGCGCAGCCAAACAGUUGUAAAGAUGUAGAUGAAUGUGUCUCCGAUCAGUCGGCUUGUCCUGGAGGAGAGCAAUGCGUAAAUCUGUACGGGGGCUUCACGUGUGUCCAGCCAGAGUGUCCCAAACCCAAGAUGAACGCUACGUAUGUCAAGAUCUCCAGCCACCAGUGCGAGCGGACCCCGUGCCCCUUGGGAAGCAGCAGCUGUCUGGACGCCCCCCACUCCAUCUCCUUCCACUACAUCCCUUUACAGUCCCAGCUGCCGGUCCCCAGGGUCCUGUUCACCAUGACCGCUCCGCGCUCCCAGGCGGACAGCCAGCGCUUCACCCUGACAAGGGGCAAAGGUCACCGCAGCCUGGAAGUACGACAAGCCGGCAGACACCGGGGAGAACUGCUGCUCACCAAGUCAGUGAGGGGCCCGGCCGAGCUCCAGGUGGACGUGGAGAUGGCGGAGAUGUCACCGCAGGGCCUACUGGGGAGGCACGUGUUCACCGUCACGCUGUUCGUGUCGCAGUACACCUUCUAGGUACCUGGCACGUGGAGGGUUAAUCUAGAGC